AUGAGUCUUCCAAUGGCUAGCUUCACAGGUGUGAAUCAGUCUGACAUCAUCCCACAGGACUGGAACCUCCAUGACCCUGACCUAUCUUCUCUGGGCCUGGAGCAAUGUCAGGAACUGAAGGAGAACCUCUCACAGCGUUUCGGCAAUGAGGAGAAUGCUGUUAUCAUCGUCAGCCCCAUGAGGCGCACGAUCCAGACAGCCCUUCUCUCGCUGGACUGGCUGAUCAAGAAGGGCAUGCCGAUUCAAGCCGACGCUCGAUGGCAAGAAAAUUCUGCGAAACCAUGUGACACCGGCAGCACUAUCGUGGACUUGAAGGUCGAAUUUCCGAGCAUUGACUUCUCCACUGUAGACCCUGUCUACCCAAACAAAACGCCCCCUACCGGCAUUCAAUAUGCUUUCACCAAGGAAGCCAUACUUGAUCGAGCUCAGUCGGCUCUACAGAGCAUCUAUGAACGCAAAGAGAAGCUCGUCUUCGUUGUCUCUCAUUCUGGCUUCCUCCGCGCUGGCGUGACUGGUCAUUGGUUCUUCAACGCCGAUUACAGGAUCUUUGAGUUUGAACACUGCCAAGAGCCGGAGAAGCCCUUCCAACUGCGACAAGCUGAGUCAACUUCAAGUGGUGGACUUGGCAAGUCGCGGACGGAAUCUGUGGUUAUCGGGUCUGAAUUACCAGUCCCAGAAAUUCCUCCCGUAAUCAAACCUAGCAGCUGA